UUCGGCCCUAAUUCUGUGUCUGAUGGAGCUUUCCUACCAGACCCUCAAAGUCACGCACCAGGCGCGGGAAGCGUGCGAGAUGAGAACAGAAGCACGACGAAAAAACCUUCUCAUUUUGAUUUUGCAUUAUUUAACACAGGAAGGAUAUUUUGACACAGCCAAUGCUUUGGAGCAAGAAACUAAGCUGGGGUUACGACGCUUUGAAGUUUGUGACAACAUUGAUCUUGAAACCAUUUUGAUGGAAUAUGAGAGCUAUUAUUAUGUAAAAUUUCAGAAAUACCCCAAAAUUAUCAAAAAGGCAUCAGAUACAGCAGAAAAUAAUUUACCACUAAGAAGUGGAGGGAAGACCAGAAGAGCGAUGAGCGACGCUUGUCAAAAUCUUCCCAAGAUCAAUCAACAGAGGCCUCGGUCCAAAAGCACGGCGGGGAAGUCAGGGAACGCCAAAUCCCUCCAUAAGGAGCAUCUGAAACAGGAGGUUGUCAAUAGCACUCAUGUGCAGAAUGCUGACUUUGGCUUACGUGUAUCAGGGAUCAACAAAGGUGGUGGCGAAGAAAACCUCCACCCACCCAAAGGCCAAAUCAUCGACUUCCGAGGACUAAUCACAGAUGCCAUCAAAGGAGCCAGUGGUGAACUGGGCCUGAACAGCAUCAACUGUGACCCAGACCCCUCUGAGCGAUUGCUCAAGCCGCUCAGCGCAUUUAUUGGCAUGAACAGUGAGAUGCGAGAACUGGCAGCCGUGGUGAGCCGGGACAUUUAUCUCCAUAAUCCAAACAUAAAGUGGAAUGACAUUAUUGGACUCGACGCGGCCAAGCAGUUAGUCAAAGAAGCUGUUGUGUAUCCUAUAAGGUACCCACAGUUAUUCACAGGAAUUCUUUCCCCCUGGAAAGGACUGCUGCUGUACGGCCCUCCAGGUACAGGAAAGACUUUGCUGGCCAAAGCUGUGGCCACGGAGUGCAAAACCACCUUCUUUAACAUUUCCGCAUCCACCAUUGUCAGCAAAUGGAGAGGGGAUUCAGAAAAACUUGUUCGGGUGCUAUUUGAACUUGCCCGCUAUCAUGCCCCCUCCACCAUCUUCCUGGACGAGCUGGAGUCGGUGAUGAGUCAGAGAGGCACGUCUCCUGGGGGGGAGCAUGAAGGGAGCCUUCGGAUGAAGACAGAGUUACUGGUGCAGAUGGAUGGGCUGGCUCGUUCAGAAGACCUGGUGUUUGUUUUAGCAGCCUCCAACCUGCCAUGGGAGCUGGACUGUGCAAUGUUACGUCGCCUAGAGAAGAGGAUUCUGGUUGAUCUCCCCAGCCAGGAGGCCAGGCAGGCCAUGAUCCACCACUGGCUGCCCCCUGUGAGCAAGAGCAGAGCUCUGGAGCUCCGCACGGAGCUGGAAUACAGUGUAUUGGGUCAGGAGACGGAGGGCUACUCCGGCUCAGACAUUAAGCUAGUCUGCAGGGAAGCAGCCAUGCGGCCUGUGAGGAAGAUCUUCAAUGCACUUGAAAAUCACCAGCCAGAGAGCAGCAAUUUACCCAAGAUCCAGCUGGAUACUGUGACCACUGCCGACUUUUUGGAUGUGCUAGCUCACACCAAGCCUUCAGCAAAGAAUUUGACUCAGAGAUACUCAGCCUGGCAAAGAGAGUUCGAGUCUGUUUGAAGUCAUACUCACCCUGCCUGGCCUCAAAGAUCACCACAGGGGUCUCUUGGAUUUACUGGUGGCAGCAGAAGAGGCCCAUAGAAAGUUGGGAACAUAGAAAGUUGUUCUG